AAGCCUUGCAAUGGCUAAUCUUAGUACCUUUGAUCAUACUUUCUAAUAGCGAAAUAGUUGCUGACAAUGUUCUGAUAGUUGUUGGGUACUGUAUGCAAUUGAUCCCCCGUUUAUUGCUGACUGUAAACUGGGUUCCAUUUAUUAUCUUAACGUUGUGUAGUAUUUUCCACUGCAUGUCAUUUCAGGUUUUUGAUAAAUGCAUCAAGGGAGAAUUGAGAGGGAAGACCCGAGUUCUUGUUACAAAUCAACUGCAUUUCCUUUCACAGGUGGAUAGAAUCAUUUUGAUCCAUGAAGGUACUGUGAAAGAGGAGGGAACAUUUGAGGAGCUCUCUAACCAGGGGCCAUUGUUCCAAAAGCUUAUGGAAAAUGCUGGAAAGAUGGAGGAGUAUGAAGAAGAAACGGUAGAUACUGAAACUGCUGAUCCAAAGUCCUCUUCAAAACAGGUGGCCAAUGGAGAACUUAAUGAUACUGCAAAGAGUGGGAGUAAGGCAAAAGAAGGAAAAUCUGUCCUUAUUAAACAGGAAGAACGGGAAACAGGUGUUGUCAGUAUGAAAGUUUUAGCAAGAUACAAGACUGCAUUAGGAGGUCUUUGGGUGGUUGUAAUACUCUUUGGAUGCUAUUUCUUAACAGAGGUGUUACGAAUUUCAAGUAGCACAUGGUUGAGCCAUUGGACUGAUCAGAGUGCUUCAGUGGGCUAUGAUCCUGGAUUUUAUAAUCUGAUAUAUGCAGCUCUAUCAUUUGCUCAGGUUAUGGUGACUUUAACAAAUUCUUAUUGGUUGAUCAUAUCAAGUCUAUAUGCAGCCAGAAGGUUGCAUGAAGCCAUGCUUCACUCCAAAUUACGAGCUCCUAUGGUUUUUUUUUUCAUACAAAUCCACUUGGAAGAGUAAUCAACAGGUUUGCAAAGGAUUUAGGUGACAUUGAUCGUAAUGUUGCCCCAUUUGUCAAUAUGUUUCUGGGUCAAGUGUCUCAGCUCC